GCCCGACGGAACCACCGGGAGAGGACGGCUCUCGCGCGGCCCGCCGGGAGUUGUAGUUUUUUUUGGGAGCCGCGGAGCCUGGCCCUGCGGCGGGGGCGGAGGAAAAACUACAAGUCCCAGGGGGCGCGGCGCCAGCGCCUGAGGGCGGGGUGUACGAAAGAGAAGCUCGGAGGGCGCCGGGGACUGAGCCCAGGUCUGCAGGGCUCAGCUGAGCCCAUGACCUCCCAGAGCUAACCCCUGACCACCUCGGCAGGCAAGGGGCUGAUGUCGGUAACCCCCAUCCUGGAGGGGCAGGUCACGCGCACCUCCUGCUCUCAGCAUGGCACUGCCACACCUCGCCCUCCUGGCUGGCCUUCUGGUGGGAGUCGCCAGCAAGUCCAUGGAGAGCAUGGCCCAGCUGCCCGAGUGCUGCGUGGACGUGGUGGGCGUCAACACCAGCUGUCCAGGCGCAAGCCUGUGUGGCCCAGGCUGCUACAGGCGCUGGAAUGCGGAUGGGAGCACCAGCUGCGUCCGCUGUGGGAACGGAACCCUCCCGGCCUACAACGGCUCGGAGUGUCGAAGCUUCGCUGGCCGGGGUGCACCGUUCCCCAUGAACAGAAGCUCAGGGACCCCCGGGCGGCCGCAUCCUGGGGCUUCCCACGUGGCCGCCUCCCUCUUCCUGGGAACCUUCUUCAUCAGCUCCGGCCUCAUCCUCUCCGUAGCUGGGUUCUUCUACCUCAAGCGCUCCAGUAAACUCCCCAGGGUCUUCUACCGAAGAAACAAAGCCCCGGCCCUGCAGCCUGGCGAAGCCGCUGCAAUGAUCCCCCCGCCACAGCCCUCAGCCGGCCUCACGGUGCCCGAGUGCCCUGUGGCUGCAGCUUCCACAAACCUUCAACCUGACAGUAGCAGAGUUCAGAACUCCAAAGCCACUGGCAGCCCGGCCAUACCCCUCCGGGGGCUGCCGGGGAGGACCCUGCUGCCUCCCCAGCGCUGCCAGCUCAGGCAUCUGUGGGUAUGGCCUGGUCGCCUGUCUCUGCCCCGCGGUCCCACGGCAUCUCCUCUCCUCUCUCUGCCUCCCUCUCCGGAGGGCACUGGCCGUGCGUUUAGGGCCUGCCCCGCAAACCUGGGCGAUCGCACCUGAGGUCCUGACGUAACCCCGCCUGCAAACCCUUCUCAUAAGGCCACAUUCGAGGUUUCGGGGCCUGGUUGUAUUUUGGGGGCACCCCCAGCCCCUGAAGUGUGUGAUGGUGUGGGGCCCACACCUCUGCCUUCAGGGGUAGGCUGACCUUCAUCCAGGCCCCGGUGCCCAGGUGCAAAUGAGAGGACGCAGCCAGGCAGGAGCUCUGAGGGUGCCUUAGGGCAGGGACAUCAGGGUUCCCGCCUGGUCAGAGCCAACAGCCCCAGCUGCCAGGGCCACAGCCGCUCCUGAGAGCCUCCAGUGAGGGCCGAGGCCUGCACUGUCCCCGCUGUCCAGGUCCCUCUGACCCCGCCUGUCUCUGACCCCG